AUGGCUCAUCAUAUUAUCUCCCAGACUACACCAGUGAAGAAGACGAAACCACCUGCAGUCAAUAGACGACAGAUGUCCGACAUAGUCGACCGCACUGGCUACCUGACUCCGUCGGCGACUUUCAGCUCGCUACGGCUACACAAAUCCACGACUAGGUCAUUUGCCACCAUCCUGAACGACGAGGAGCUCCUUCAACUGGUAAACCAGUUUCGCGCCACCGGACAGACAGAUUAUGGCCUACUCGCGCAACUGCUCAGUCGUGCGAGUGUUCUCAUACGCCUUAAAUACGCCAAAGGCAAGGAUCUUGUAGUCUUCCGUGACAACCAUUCGCGCUCGCCGAAGUACCAUCCGAAUGACACCGAAGCGGGAGCCCCCGAUUUGGUGGGUUUGCUGGAAGCUAUCAGCCUCCUUCUUGAUGAAGACGACACGGCGCGCAUUCCCUGGCACCAUAUAUUAACUAUCAUCGAAGAAAAAGGCAAGGCCGACAGGAAGGACGGACCCCGUCAAUCUGGAGCCUAUUUGGCGUUCGCGAACCAAUCUCGCCCCGACUUGGUUGGGAUGUACGGGCUCUCUAUCUCACCCGUUGGCUAUGUCAUUCAGUACAGCUGCCCUGCUGGCCUCCAAACGUCCGAAGAAUUCCCUUGGUCUGACCUCGUUCCGCUGGUCUCGUAUGUCUACACGCUCUACGUUCCUCACCCAGACUUCGCAACCCGAGACCCGAGCGUGACUCUGGCUGAUACUGGUGAUGUCCUCGGUCCUCCCGCUUGGAAUAUACGCGAUGGCGACAAAGUUUACGAAAACUGUGUUGUCAGAGUCGUUGGAGACCCUUGGCAUCGGAUGACUUGGGUAGCGAAAGUUGGCGAUACACCAAUUACGAUCAAGGACUCGUAUCGCGACGUUCAUUCCAGCUUUAGGGAAGGCAAGCUGUACGACAUCCUCCACAAGGAAGGCCCCGCCCCUGGAUUCUUGCGAGUCAAGAAAGAAUAUGAAGUUCAGUGGAAGCGCGGUUGGCCCAUCACAGUGACGGUUGACAGCACCACGCGCAUCAAGACUCGACUGAUCAUGCAUACCUGGGGAGAAUCAUUGCGAAAAUGCCCCAGUCUCAUUGAUUUCCUCAAAUGCAUGUACGACAUCCUCGAAGCUCACCGUUGGGCGGUGAUGGAGCGCAAUAUUAUCCAUCGCGACAUCAGUCACGGCAACAUCUUCGUUCAAGCCGAAGACUUCAAGGGCGAAGAUGAGGAGGAAUUCAAGGGCACGGAACAUCGCCCGAUCUUUGUCAACGAAAUCAUCGAGAACGAGAACACGAAAAACACCGAUCCCCUGGCUCGCCUUGGAGACUUCGACAAUGCGGCGGAACUGGACCGAGCGGCAGCGGUAUCACCUUCAUUCGUCGCAAGGAGAGACACCAUCUAUAUGAAUGAUGAACCCUUGCGUUGUCGUACCGGAACACCAAAGUUCAUCGCUCGUUCGCCUGCACUUGGCUGUCUGCUUGUGGAUGACAUCAAGUUCCCCAGUAUGCCGAAGUUGCCAAUUCAUCUUGCCGAUCGAUACGCCCAGGUAUACUCCAACGAUCGCUCUGGCUUGCGGACAUUCUGUGACGAUAGCAUCACCUGUCUUGGGGGUGUUUAUACCAAAGAAAUGGGAAGGAAGCAUGACAAAAACCCCGAUCUGUGUGUAACGCAGUUUGAGCACCGUCCUCGGCACGAUGCAGAGUCGGUUUUCUGGUGCAUGGUAGUAUUCUUGCUCCUUGCCGUCCCAGUGGACAGCGCGCCAGAAGAUCCCCUGGUGCUCGAGGAUCCCGACAAAUUUGGACUCAACUGCGCAUGGAAAUACAUCGCCAAUCACGAGAUCGGCGAAUCUGAAGAUUCGGGAGACAGUAGGUUGAGUUUACUCCGCAGGCCAAGAUGGGGAAAGUGGCUACACCCAGAGCUCGCUCACGUUGAAGACUUUCUCCUGGAUCUGGCAGCUCAAAUCAGGCCAGAGUGGGGCCUCAUUGAGCCGGCACCUCCCAUCCUCCACCUCCACGAAGCGAUGCAGCGGAUCAUCCUUGAAUAUAUCGACCUCUGGAAGACGCAGAACAAGGACGUCAAGUUUGAUACAGGGCGAAUCCGACCAGCAGAAAUCCCGGACAACCGAAUAAUGCCUCAGGUAUCACAUAAACCCAGCGUCAACGGACAGCUCAUUGCCGCGAGCUUGCUCAGGCCGAAGCGACAGUCGAACCAGCUUGGACCGAAGGAGGAAUCCCAAGCAAAGAGACGCCGAAUCACAAGGCAGGGCACAGAUUCAUACAAGGAAGUCCCUCGGAGCCUCCCGCCAUUGCCACGCUUCAAGGGGCGCCGAAUAACGAGGCAGGGCACCGAAUCAUACGAGAAGGACGCAACAUCAUACAAGGAAGUCCCUCAGAGCCUCCCGCUAUCGCCACGCUUCCUUCCCGGAUGCCAGCUUCCCCUCGAAUACUCGCCAGAUGCAGAUGAAUUCACGAAAAGCCUUCCUUCCACGCCGGUGUCGCUUUCCACAAAUCUUCGUCUCUCACCAACCUUAGAUCCGCAGGUUCUCGAUACUGAUAGCGAUGCAGAAGCUUGA